AUGACAGCACAGGUGAUAAAGCAGCAGCAGCAGCAGAAGGAAGGACUACCUGCCCCCUCUCGUGUUGCGUCUCCUCUGCCUACCCCUAUGCUGCGCUUUAAUAAGAACGAAGUGUCUCCUUUCCUGUCUCCUCCUCUCCCUCCUCCUAAAGUGCAAGAAGCAGCAACAGGAGCAGCAGCAGCAGCAGCAGCAACUGCAGCAGCAGAAGCAGCAGAAGGUGGUGAAGAAGACUCCAAGCAACAGUCAGACAACCCUAAAGGACCGUCCCCACCACCGCCAGCAGCAGCAGCAACAACAGCAGCAGUAACAGCAGCAGCAGCAGCAGGUGGUGGAGGGGCCCUACCUCAAGUUGUAUGGUGGCAAACAUGUAAGAAGUGUGGGGGGGGCCCCCUGGGGGCCCCCCAAGACCUGCAGGAGAUAGGGGAUAUACCCUUUGCUAAUUUCUUAGAUUUGCUGCUGACGGAUACAACACUAAGAGGAGACGGCAUGCGGUGGUGUAAUUAUACCCCACAGCAGCAGCAGCAGCAGCAGCAGCAGCAACAGCAGCAGCAGCAGCAGCAGCAGCAGCAGCAGCAAGGGGGAUACUUUAGAUGCCCUCAUUAUGUCUUUAGAGACAGAAUCUUCUAUUUUGCUUGUGGUAACGCUGAGCCAUGGAUAGUGCAAGGAAGGAAGUUAAUGGUUUCUGUUGCUGCUGCAGUAGCGCAGCAGGUAGCAGCAGCAGAGAAGCAGCAGCUGCUGCUAAUCCAGGGGGCCCCCCUUGCCGUCUCUUUUCCCUCCCGUCGCUCUGCAGCUGUCUCCUCAACUGUGGGGCCCCCUGGGGACCCCAUUGGUGGGGGCCCCUCUGGGGCCCCCCAUGGGGGCCCCCCUGGGGGCACCGUAUGGCAUCUCCCGUACCUGACACAGCAGCAGCAGCAGGAGCUGCUGCAGCAGCAGCAGCAGCAACAACAACAAACGCAGCAGCAGCAGCAGGAGCAGCAGCAGCACGACAUGGGAAAACAAAUCAAAGGGGAUUACAUUGGCCAGCAAUUGCUGCUCCCUUCCUGUUGCAUCCUUCCCCUCUAA